AUGCAGCUGGGGGAGCCGCUGCUGGCGGCGGCGGGGGCCCUGCCCGGAGCCCCCUUUUACCCGCUGGAAGGCGGCGGGCGAGGCGGUGGCGGGGCGGGCGGUGGCGGCGGGUCCCGAGGGGGCCCCCCCCCCCGACCGGGCUCCCCUCCUCGCCUCGACCUGGACAAGGCGCCCAAGAAGUUCGGGGCGGCCCCCGCCGUGCUGGGCGAGGCGGAGGCGGGCGAGCCGCCCUUCGCCCCCCCCAAACCGGACGGCCGCAAGGCCAACCCCUGCGGGGAGGAGGAGCUGCCCCCCCCCGCCGCCGCCGCUGCCGCCCGUUACUCCAUGGAUGGCCUCAGCCCCGAGCGCUACUACCUGCAGUCCCCCGGCCCCCCCGGGGCCGAGCUGGGUGGGCCUUGCGCCCUCUUCCCCUACCCGGCGCAGCACGGCACCGUCUACCAGCCCCCGGGGGGGCCCCGCUACCCCUACGGCUCCGUGCUGUCGCCGGGAGGCUUCCCCGGUACCGUCUGCCCUCCCGGCGGCCGGGCGCAGUUCGGAGGCGGCGGUGGGUACCAGUACGGGCAGGCGGGGGGCGGAGGGUCCCUCUACGGCCCUUACCCGCCGGCCUCGGGGUCCUGCGGUGGGCUGGGGGCGCUGGGGGUGCCGGCAGCCGGCGCGGGUCUGCGGGCUCAGGUCUUCCUCUGCAACCGGCCUCUCUGGCUCAAGUUCCACCGGCACCAGACGGAGAUGAUCAUCACCAAGCAGGGCCGGAGGAUGUUUCCUUUCCUGAGCUUUAACAUCACCGGCCUCAACCCCACGGCCCACUACAACGUCUUCGUGGAGGUGGUGCUGGCGGACCCCAACCACUGGCGUUUCCAGGGGGGCAAGUGGGUGACCUGCGGCAAAGCCGACAACAACAUGCAAGGCAACAAGGUGUAUGUUCACCCCGAGUCGCCCAACACCGGGGCUCACUGGAUGAGGCAGGAGAUUUCUUUCGGGAAACUGAAGCUGACGAACAAUAAAGGUGCUAAUAACAACAACGCGCAGAUGAUAGUACUGCAAUCUUUGCACAAAUACCAGCCCCGGCUUCACAUUGUGGAGGUGACUGAAGAUGGUGUUGAAGAUCUGAAUGAUUCCUCAAAGACUCAAACGUUUAUUUUUCCUGAAACGCAGUUCAUAGCAGUUACGGCGUAUCAAAAUACUGAUAUUACCCAGCUCAAAAUUGACCAUAAUCCUUUUGCGAAGGGCUUCAGGGACAACUAUGACUCCAUGUACACAGCCUCAGAAAAUGACAGAUUAACUCCAUCUCCCACGGAUUCUCCUAGAUCCCACCAGAUCGUCCCUGGUGCCCGUUACAGCGUGCAACCAUUCUUCCAAGAACAGUUUGUCAACAACCUGCCCCCAGCCAGGUUUUACAACGGUGAGAGAACCGUCCCGCAGACGAACGGCUUGCUCUCUCCGCAGCAGAGCGAGGAGGUGGCCAGCCCUCCCCAGCGGUGGUUUGUCACGCCUGUACAGCAGCCCGGUGCCAACAAAUUGGACAUGAACUCCUACGAGACGGAGUAUUCUCCUAGCACCUUGCUCCCUUACGGCAUUAAAUCCCUCCCCCUUCAGACAUCCCACGCUCUGGGGUACUACCCUGACCCCACGUUUCCGUCCGUGGCAGGCUGGGGGAGCAGGGGCUCUUACCAGAGAAAAAUGACAACAGGAUUACCUUGGGCCUCCAGAACAAGUCCUCCCGGUUUCUCUGAAGACCAGCUCUCCAAGGAGAAGGUGAAAGAAGAAAUCGGUUCGUCCUGGAUAGAGACUCCACCCUCCAUAAAGUCUCUAGAUUCAAAUGAUUCUGGGGUCUACAUGGGUGCUUGCAAGAGAAGACGGCUCUCCCCUAGCACUUCCAGCAAUGAAAACUCCCCGACGAUGAAAUGCGAGGACAUUAACGCUGAGGACUAUAGCAAAGACACUUCAAAAGGCAUGGGCUACUAUGCGUUCUAUACUAGUUCUUAAAGCAUCCUUUUAUUCCAAUUGGCUAAUUUUUUUUUUUUCAGGGUGGCCUUGGUUUUUUUUGCAUUACAAUUGCCAAAAAGACUCUUGCCUUCCACCUUGAAUUGUUGUGUGCAAUUCUAAAGAAGGUGCCAAAGCUUUUUGACUGUCGCAGGUAAUGAAACAGGGAAAGAGCAAACUAUGGUAGAAUUAUUCCCCACUUUAAUUUUUUUUUUUUUCUAGAAGGAACCACAUG